GCUCUUCCUGGGCUGGGCCAGGAAGUGGGAGGGUGGCCGUCACCCUGGUUCCUGGUCGUGGGCCCCAGAGAGCUCGAAGAUCACUGGGCUGGCCACUUGCCCCCUAGGACUGGGCCGGUUCACAGGUCCUUGCAGCAGGCUUCGACACCAAAAAAAAAACAGACUGUGAACCAGGAAGAAGAAACAUUCCAAGUCUUUUGAAUUAAAACUGAGAAUCCGUCUAUAUCGAACUUCCAUAGAAAGGAAUCAUGAACAUCGAAGCAUAUUUUGAAAGAAUUGGUUAUAAGAACUCGAGGGACAAAUUGGACUUGGAAACAUUAACCGACAUUCUUCAGCACCAGAUCCGAGCCAUUCCCUUUGAGAACCUUAACAUCCACUGUGGGGACGCCAUGGAAUUGGACUUAGAGGCCAUUUUUGAUCAAAUUGUGAGGAGGAACCGAGGUGGGUGGUGUCUCCAAGUCAACCACCUCCUGUACUGGGCUCUGACCACGAUGGGUUUUGAGACCACCAUAUUGGGAGGGUAUGUUUUCAACACGUUCACCGACAAAUACAGCAAUGCCAUGAUUCACCUCCUGCUGAAGGUGACCAUCGACGGCCGGGACUACAUAGCCGAUGCUGGAUUUGGACGUUCUUAUCAGAUGUGGCAGCCUCUAGAGCUAAUCUCUGGGAAGCACCAGCCCCAGACACCUUGCAUCUUCCGCUUGACCGAAGACAGAGGAACCUGGUACCUGGACCAAAUCAGAAGAGAGCAAUACAUCCCAAACCAAGAAUUUCAGGAUUCCGACCUCUUGGAAAAGAAUGAGCAUCGGAAAAUCUACUCGUUUACUCUUGAACCUCGAACAAUUAAAGACUUCGAGUCUGUGAACACAUACCUUCAAGAAUCUCCGGCAUCUGUGUUUACAAGCAAGUCAUUUUGCUCCUUGCAGACCCCAGAAGGUGUUCAUUGCUUAGUGGGUUUUACCCUCACCUACAGGAGAUUCAAUUAUAAGGACAAUACAGAUUUGGUAGAGUUUAAGACACUGAAUGAGAAAGAAAUAGAAGAAAAUCUAAAAAACAUAUUUAAUAUUUCCUUGGAGAAAAAGCUUGUCCCCAAACAUGGUGAUAAAUUUUUUACCAUUUAGAGGAAGCAGUAAAAAUGGUCUCAUGAUUACUGCUGGUGCUGUGACUUUUUAAUCACAAAAAAUUUAAACGUCAAUAAAAGUUGUUUUGUUAUUGUUUUUGCUUUGUCGCUAAGUCUUGUCUGACUCUUUUGCAAUUCCAUGGAUUGUAGCCUGUCAGGAUCCUCUGUCCAUGGGAUUUCUGAGACAAGAAUACUGGAGUAGGUUGCCAUUUCCUUCUCCAGGGGAUCUUCCUGGCCCAGGGAUCAAACCCGUUUCUCCUGCAUUACAGAUGGAUUCUUUAUCACUAAGCCUCCAGGGAAGCCUGUCUAUAAAAGUAGAGAGAAUGAAAUAAUAAAUCUCCACUUAUUUAUCACUCAGUCCAUCAACUAGGAACUAGGGGCCUAUCUAUCAUAUUUUCUCAACACGCCCAUAUUUUAUUGAAGAAAAUCAUAGACGUCAGAUCAUUUCACCCUUUAAAAAUGUCAGCAUGCAUCAUUAGAUAACAUUUUUAAAAAAUUUUUGAGAGUUGGACUAUAAAGAAAGUUGAGCACCAAAGAAUUGAUGCUUUUGAACUGUGGUGUUGGAGAAGAUUCUUGAGAGUCCUUUGGACUGCAAGGAGAUCCAACCAGUCCAUCCUAAAGGAGAUCAGUCCUGAAUAUUCAUUGGAAGGACUGAUGCUGAAGUUGAAACUCCAAUACUUUGGCUGCCUGAUGCAAAGAACAGACUCAUUGGAAAAGACCCUGAUGCUGGGAAAGAUUGAAGGCAGGAGGAGAAAGAGACGACAGAGGAUGGGAUGGUUGGAUGGCAUUAUCAGUGCGAUGGAUAUGAGUUUGAGUAGGCUCAUAUGAGCCUACUCAUAUGGAUAUGAGUUUGAGUUGGUGAUGGACAGGGAAGCCAGGAGUGCUACAGUCUAUGGGGUCACAAAGAGUCGGACAGGACUGAGUAGCUGAACUGAACUGAGCCUUUUCCAAAUUUAUAAUAGCAAAGAUUUAAAACAUUUAAUGAUGGUCUAUGGUUUUCUUGAGGAAAAAGUGAUAUAUGCUAGAAAACUUCGCAUGUUGGUUGAAUGUUGAAUUCAUAGAACAUGUUUAACCAUCAUUCAGUAACUAGAACAUAGAGGAAAUCAUUUUUAUUAAAUUCUUCCAGUGUAUAUCCAAUGUCAAAUUUGAGCAGAAAUACCAUAUGUAUAAUGGGAUUAUAAUUCAACCAAGAAAAAUGAGAAAUGAUAUUGCUUCCAAAUAACCUAAUAGUUCUCAAGACAAAGCAUAAACCAAUACUUGUUAACAUAAGUACCAAGAGACUGACACAGCCAAUAAUUUCUUACAUGGCUCUUUUUCACAACCACAGUUCUUCAUGUACCUUUUUUCUUUAAUUAAUUUCUUAAAAUUAAUAUUUUCUUUUUUCUUCAAGUAAGCUUUCUUCAUGUACUUUUUUUUUUCUUAAUACGUUUUUUCAAACACUGAUAUUUGGAAUUUUCAAAUUUUGGAACUAGGUAUUUUUGUCUACUACUAAAAGUCUAAAAAUAUGUAUUAUCUGUAAAAUCUUGAUGAUGAAAAAUAAAUUAAAAUGUUACUGGCCAAGAUAA